AUGAUAAAAUCGAUUGUGUUUUUAAGCACAAUUUUAUUUUUGACUUUUUUAAUUGGUGUAAAUGGCCAAUUUCAAAAUAGUGUAAUAUUAGAUCAGAAUUCAAAUUAUAAUUUACAAUGGAUAAUUUUUAAUGAAACAAUAACAAUUCAAGUUUCAAUUAAUAAAAAAGCAUGGAUUGGAUUAGGAUGGCAUUGUCAAGGUUGUCAAAAAGACGGUCCAAUGGAAAAUGCAGAUUAUAGUAUAGCAACAUUUGAUGAAAAUGGUCAAGGAUAUGUAUGGGAUUGUUAUCAAGAAAAUGACCCAACUUCUCAACCACAAAAUGAUACAGUUUUUAAAGGAGCAGAGGAUAAUAUCAUCUCCUUUAGUGGAUACCAAACCGAUCAAUAUUCAAUUAUGAUGUUUACUAAAAAGUUAUCAACUGGCGAUACAGUUGGUGACCAUAUCCUAGUUAACGGACCUGUAGAUUUCGUUUGGGCACAUGGUCAAGAUAAUUCAUUUGGCUUCCAUGGUGUUGGUAAUGCAGGCAGAACCACAGUGAAUCUUGCCACCGGUAGCACCAAUAGUGGUCCAGAUUAUGUAAAUUGGCAUGCAAGUUUAAUGUUGGUUGCAUUUGGUUUAUUGAUGCCAUUCAGUAUUUUCAGUGCCCGUUUCUUAAAAGUUUUCCACUGGUGGUGGCCACUUCAUUACGUUUUCAAUGGUUUGGCAUCAGUUUGCGCUUUAAUUGGCUUCAUCAUUGCAAUUGUCAUGUUGGAUGGUUUGGAUUUCUCUACACUUCAUAGUAUUUUUGGUAUAAUUACAUUAUGUUUGGUAUUGGUUUCAAUUCUAUUUGGUGCACUUUCUCACUUCCUUUGGAAACCAACUAGAGUUGGUACUCCAAUUUUCCCUGAUAUGUUCCAUUGGUUCGUUGGUCGUUGUACAUUUGCUUUAUCAAUUGCUGCUAUCAUCACUGGUAUGGUACUUCACCAAGUUCCAACCGCUGUUAUCAUAGUUUUCUCUGGUGUUAUUGCUUUAUACUUUGGUGUUAUUAUUUUCAUUGAAAUUUAUAAAAAAGUUUAUCCAAAUCAUGUAGAUUUUUCACAUGGUGGUGCAACUGGUUAUACUCAAGGUAUAAAUCAUAAUUAA